GUUGCAACGAGCAGGAGCUAAGACAGGGGAUACGAAAGAGAGACACAGGAGUGGAGGAAGUGUAUCAAUUAAAGCAGCAGCAGCAGAGGCAGUCUAUAUGUCGAGAACAACGAUACCAGAGGAAGCAGAGGAACCACAGGCAGCAGAAGAAGCAGCAUUCUUCAGGCUGAGAAAGCAACGCUGCGAGGCUCCAGCUCGGAGCUCCCACAGCCGUGGGCCUGGGCUAUGCGUUUGCGCGUUCGGGACACCGGUGAUAUACACGUGGUCACAGGAAAGUAUAUGUCACGUGAAUCCCUUGGAUGCCGGGCGCUAUCAGUCGUGUUGCAAGAGCGUGGUGCACCAAGGGCCUGAGCGCGUCAGCGGAUGCGGAUGCGUGGUUCCGCUGCGGAUUCACAGCGGACACGCGACCGCACGCAAGAUCCUUGCCGUGGCUAGGUCCAAAUCCGGAAUGCUGGAUCCAUGGUUGUUCCGCUGGACAUCCGCAGUGGAAUGUGGAAAAAUGGCAUGUGAAAAACGGACAGCCAACAAAAUUUUUUAGUAAGAGUCGAUCAACGGUAUGAUAUAAUAGGUAGCAUUGUAUAGCACAGAUCAAUAUCAAAUAAAACAAGAUUCAUUUCACAAGUGCUAAGAUCUUUAAAU